AUGAUCGGCGUUCCAUUGGGACAACUGCUAGCGCCACCUGUCGGCGGCGCGCUCUUUGCCCGCUGGGGCUACCGCGCACCUUUCAUUUUCACUAUCCUCUUUACCGUCCUCGACCUCCCGCACGUCUGCUUGUCCACGAGAACCCAAUCCCAACUGCUCGACCACUACUACAUCGAACUCACUUUCCUCGGAAUACCGCCUGAGUCUUGCAAAUCUGCCGAGAAGCACGACGUCGGAGGUGCCGGUAGAGAGGAAGAGACGAGCAAGGAACUGUCUCUGCUGCAGGUCAUUUGUGUAUUCAGCACAUUCUUCCCCUCGCUUGCGUUCGCAGCCCUAGACGUGACGCUGCCGCUCCGUGUACAGGCGCUAUGGAACCUCAACUCGACGAAGGUUGGCCUAGUAUACCUCGCGUCGCUCGUCCCCCUCUUUUUAGCGAUAGAGUCGGUCCUGCUGGGUGGCGACGGUUCUGUUCGUAUGUGGAUCCCUUGGUUCGGGCUGCUCACGCUCGACUUUUCCCUCGCUUUCUUUAUUGUUGCCUUUGCUGUGGAGAAUUUCUUCAUUGCGGCAACGGCUGCGCCUCUCACCACAGAACUCGCUGCGGUCACGCGUAGCAUGGAUGGCGUGGGCUACGCGCAUACUUACGGAACGCUCAACAUCGUGUUUGGCCUGGCCAACGCGGGCAAGUAA